AGUAUAUUAUUCAAGUUUAAUAACAACCGUUCAAGAUGUUAUCAAAUUGAACUUGUCAUUGCGUCACUUAAAGUCAACGAAAACAAUAUUUUUUAACAUGCCAUGGCUUCAUUCGCACUGGAAUCGGAAUAUUUGGCCAAUCUCAGUUUUUAUUUGUUGAUAAAAUAUUUAUUGUUUCAUCCAACAAAUAAAAACGUUGAUAUUGGCAAAAUGUUCCAAGAUUCCAGUGCGAACAAAGUAAUAACACAAAAAAAAAAUUGUAAACGAUCGAAAUAAUAGAACAUUCCUUAUCAUUAACAAUACGAUUAAGAAUAAAGAUGGUCAACUAUUUUGAUGGAAAAAGAAUUUUAGUGACAGGGGGAUGUUCAGGUAUUGGAAGAGAGACUGUUUUAGAGCUGUGGCGUCUCGGUGCAAAUGUCGUUGCAUUAUCACAACAACCAGAUAACCUUGAGCUAUUGAACAAACAAUAUCCAACGAUAGCAACAGCAUGUGUGGACCUCAGCGAUUGGGAAAAAACAAAACAAGCUGUGGAUUCUCUUGGAAUUUUUCACGGAUUAGUAAACUGUGCCGGUUUUAUAAAAACGGAGUCCUUUUUGGAAUGUAGCUCUGAGAAUUUUGAUUGUACCAUGAACGUGAAUGUUAAAGCCAUUCUCAACGUGAGUCAGAACGUAGCAAGAAAAAUGAUUGAGCAUGGGAUCAAAGGAUCUAUAGUUAAUAUUUCAUCGCAAGCGUCUAAGGCGGCAUUGAAAGACCACGUCGCUUACGCAGCGUCAAAAGGGGCGGUUGAUUCAAUGACCCAAGUAAUGGCACUCGAACUUGGACCUCACGGUAUAAGGGUCAACGCAAUCAAUCCAACCGUCGUUAUGACUGAAUUAGGACGAAGGGCGUGGGCCGAUCCUGAAAAGGCCCAAACAAUGCUGUCCAAAAUACCGCUAGGAAGGUUUGCAGAAAUAAAUGAAGUAGUUAACGCUAUAACAUUUCUGCUAAGUGAUAAGUCAAGUAUGAUCAACGGUGUACAGCUUCCGGUGGACGGCGGCUUCCUUGCUACGUGAUUAUUAAUAACUAUAAUAAAAAUCAAAUGAAAGAAAAAAGGAGUGGUUAUUUUAUUCGGUUUAUUGUGCCAAAGGAAUCAUACAUACUGGACGUAGAAAACAAUGCAAGCAUAAUAAUUUUAGGUAAUAAAAGCAUAUUAAUAUGCUAAGCUAUACAAAUCGCGGGAAAUAAUGAGCACAAUGUAAACUAAAUGUUGAGUUACACAUUGUUACAAAUCACAUUUGAAUAUAAUACACCCGAAUCGAGGAGGGAACUCUCAUA